ACUAUCUAAAUACUUCUACAGUGUGAUCUAGUCUUUGUUCGGUAGGAUCUACUAGAGGGUAUGACCGAGGAUGAUUCGUUAAAGCGGAAUACGAUUGCACUAUCAAAAGAGGUGUCCAAGGCUUCCGCAGGGGAGUAUGCCUCUCAGCCACAAGACUGUGAGCACUACCGUAUGACGGUAAGCCAAGUGGAGAAGCUCUUCAGCACUAACGUGUUAGAGGGCUUGUCCACGAAGAGAGCGGAGGAGAUGCUGGCGGCGUUUGGUGAGAAUACUCUUGGUGAUGACCAGAAGAUCUCGCUCACCAGUAUUGUGAUCCAUCAGACCUUCAAUGCGAUGAUCCUGGUGCUCUUCAUCUCGAUGGUUAUCUGCUUCGGUGUCAGGGAUUGGAUCUCGGGUGGUGUCAUUGCCUUCGUUGUCUUUAUCAAUGUCGCCAUCGGCUCCCAACAGGAGUACAAGGCUUCAAAGACCAUGAACUCGUUGAAAUCCUUGUCCUCCCCAACUGCUAGAGUGUACAGGAAUGGUGAAUUGACCACCAUUGCGACGAAAUGCGUUGUCCCAGGUGAUAUCGUCCAGGUCAAGGUUGGAGACACCGUUCCUGCGGAUAUUAGAAUCGUCGAAUGUUUGAACUUUGAGACUGACGAAGCGCUGCUGACCGGUGAGUCCUUACCAGUCGCUAAAGAUCAGACAGUUGUCUACGACGACGUGAUUGGCGUCGGUGAUCGUCUCAACAUGGCCUUCUCUUCAUCUAUCGUCACUAAAGGUCGUGCAACCGGUAUUGCCGUUAAGACAGGGCUCAGCACUGAGAUUGGUGAGAUUGCGCAAUCUUUGAAAGGAACCAAAAGAUCCUUAAAAGGUGACGAAAAUACCUCGACAAUGACAAACCUGUGGAAUGUCACCAAAGAUGCUAUUGGAACCUUCUUGGGCACCACUGUGGGUACUCCAUUGUCCAGAAAGUUAUCCAAGCUGGCCCUGAUUUUGUUUGCGAUUGCUGUUGUAUUUGCCAUCAUCGUGAUGGCUUCUCAAAAGUUUGUUGUGACAAGUGAAGUUGCCAUAUAUGCCAUCUGUGUUGCUAUCUCCAUGAUUCCAUCCUCGUUGAUUGUUGUUUUAACAAUCACCAUGUCUGUUGGUGCAAAGGUUAUGUCCAACAAGCAUGUCAUUGUGAGAAAGUUGGACUCUUUGGAGGCUCUAGGUUCCAUCAAUGACAUUUGUUCAGAUAAAACUGGUACUUUGACUCAAGGAAAGAUGAUUGUCAAGUCAUGUUGGGUCCCUUCUGUUGGUACUUAUCAAGUUAUUAACUCUCAAGAGCCUUUCAACCCAACUAUUGGUGAGGUUAAGUUCCAGUUGUUGUCUCCAUAUGAGCUAUCCCAAUCUCAGGAUGAGAAGAGCUCGGCGUACCAGGAUCUCAGGCCAAAUGAUCUAUUCAACAAGUGGUUGGAAACAGCCACGAUGGCCAACAUUGCUACUGUUUUCCAAGAUGAACAUGGUGAUUGGAAAGCACAUGGUGAUCCAACGGAAAUUGCAAUUCAAGUCUUUGCACACAGAAACAACUAUGCUCGUGAACAGUUCACUGAAGGUGAGGAUGCGCCUUACAAACAUCUUGCUGAAUUCCCAUUCGAUUCCUCAGUCAAAAAGAUGUCCGCUAUAUACUCAAAAGUCUCAGAUCCGAAUCACAAGCUCAUUUAUACAAAGGGUGCUGUCGAACGUGUGCUUGGAAGCUGCGUCAACUGGUAUGUCAACGGAGAUCUUACACCAUUGACUGAGAAAGAUGUUAAGGUCAUUGAGGAUAACAUGAAUGCCAUGUCAUCUGAAGGUUUACGUGUCCUGUCGUUUGCUCACAAGGUCGUUCCAGGUUCUUUCGACAUCACCAACCGUGAAAAUGUAGAGUCUGACCUGACAUUCCUGGGUUUGGUUGGUAUCUAUGAUCCCCCUCGUCUGGAAUCUCGUGGUGCUGUCAAAAAAUGUCACAGAGCUGGUAUCAAUGUCCACAUGUUGACUGGUGAUCACCCUGGUACGGCAAAGGCGAUUGCCCAAGAAGUUGGUAUCUUACCACACAACCUAUACAACUACUCUCAGGAGAUUGUUGACGUUAUGGUCAUGACUGCUCAACAAUUUGACGACUUGAGUGAUGAAGCAGUUGAUAAAUUGCCGGUGUUACCAUUGGUUAUCGCCCGUUGUUCUCCAAAGACGAAGGUCAGAAUGAUUGAUGCAUUGCACCGUCGUAACAAGUUCUGUGCUAUGACUGGUGAUGGUGUCAACGACUCUCCAUCUUUGAAGAAGGCCGAUGUUGGCAUUGCCAUGGGUAUUUCCGGCUCAGAUGUUGCCAAAGAUGCCUCUGAUAUUGUUUUGAGUGAUGAUAACUUUGCCUCUAUCAUCAAUGCAAUAGAAGAAGGCAGAAGAAUGAACGACAACAUUCAGAAGUUUGUGCUACAACUCCUGGCUGAAAACGUCUGUCAAGCUUUGUUCUUGAUGAUUGGUCUGGUCUUCAAAGAUGAUAACGAUGUGUCUGUUUUCCCGUUGUCUCCUGUUGAAGUGUUAUGGAUCAUUGUUGUUACGUCAUGUUUCCCUGCCAUGGGCUUGGGUGUUGAAGCUGCUCAACCAGACGUUAUGGAGAAAGACCCGAAACCCUCUAAUGAGUCUGUCUUUUCCUGGGAAAUGCUUAUCGAUUUGUUCAUCUAUGGUGUCAUUCUGACGAUUGCUUGUUUGGCUUCGUUCACCACUGUUAUGUAUGGCUUUGGCGAUGCCCAGUUCGGCUAUGACUGUAACAACGGUCCUAGCGAUGUCUGUAGAUGGGUGUUCCGUGCUCGUUCGUGUGCAUUUGCUACCAUGACAUGGGGAGCUUUGAUCUUGGCCUGGGAAGUCAUUGAUAUGAGACGUUCGCUAUUUGCCAUGAAGCCAGAUACUGACACACCAUACACGCAGGUUUUCAAGGAUCUUUGGGGUAACCAGUUCUUGUUCUGGUCAGUCAUCGGAGCAUUCCUCUCUUGUUUCCCUGUUGUUUAUAUCCCAGUCAUCAAUGACAAAGUGUUCUUACACGGGUCUAUCGGUAAGGAAUGGGGUGUUGCCUUUGCUUAUACUGCUGCUUUCUGGGCUGGAUGUGAGCUUUACAAGUUCUUCAAGAGACUGUACUUCAAGGUAGAACACUCGCAUAACCCAGAGUACGAUUUGGAGAGAAAGAACCCAUUCGACCGUUAUGUAUCUUUCUCUAGAGCAAACACCGGUAUGGAGAAGACCAUCCUAGUCCAUGACACUACUGUUCCCGUCACUUAAUCCCAUUUCUUCUUCAUAAAGCUCCGUUAGUUAAAUUACAUUUUACAGAUACUAGCCCACCUUGUAA